AUGCUCCGUAGCCAGAUGAAAGAGCACCAAGAAAGGGUAGACAAAAUACCGGGCGCCCCAAAACUUCUGCCAAAAAGAGACGCCGGUCGGUUCGUUGAGCAACCAUAUAGCGACAAGGCUACAGUGCAUGCCAUACCAAAGACCUUCAAAAUGCUGUCGUACUUAAAAAUAUACGACAUCACGACGGACCCGGAGGAUCAUGUGACUCACUAUGUCACUGUAGUAAAAGGCAAUGACAUUGCAAAGGAACAAGUGUCGUCGAUAUUGCUGAAAAAGUUUGGAGAAAUCCUAAUCGGGGGAGCAUUGACUUGGUACUCACAGUUACCUGCGCGUUCCAUAGAAACAUUCGAAGAAAUGGCAGACAAGUUCGUCACCGCCCAUGCCUGGGCCAAGAAAGCAGAGGCAAGGGUGAACGACAUAUUCGCCAUUAAGCAAUCGCCUGGCGAAGGACUCAAGGACUUCCUCGCCCGGUUCAACCGUGUAAGAAUGACCCUUCCAAAUGUAUCUGAGGGGAUGGCGGUAGCCACUUUCCAGAAUGGGCUAAGUAGAAGCGGGUCGAGGGUAACCAAAAAGUUGCUAAGCCGACUCAUGAAAUAUCCUCCAACCACUUGGGACGAGAUACACAAUGAUUACUGUGCCGAGGUAAGAGCCGACAAGGAUGAUCUCAAUGGACCUACCCAAUGUUUGACCUCGGUCCAAAUGAAGUCUAGGAAAGACCGGAGAAACGACAGCAAGAGAGAUCUAGCGGAAUCCCGACCUAAUCGAGAGAGACAUCAGCCUUACGUCAGAGGCACCCUCAUGCAACCUCCACGCCAUGAUGAAGGUCCAUCCAGGUUGCGAACGGGAAUCCACCAAAAUGAGAGAGGUAUGCCCCCUUAUUAUCUGCUCACAAUUUCUGUGUUUCCCCCUCAGAGAUAG